UAGUAACCUCUGCUAUUCUAUCUGCCGCGAUAAUUACUUCUGUAGUUGUUUACCACAAUAGAGUUGUCCUCAACAUAUACAAGUUAUAUUACACAUUAUUUAGUGGCUUUUACGCCAAUAAUUUAUAAAUAACUCAACCGAAAACUAAUUUCCAAAUAACUCUGACAGACCCGAGAUAAAUCCAUGGACAGCUAAUUCAGUCAUCUUCGCCUCCAAAUUAUUCCUCCCAGAGUAGUGAAUAAGCGAUUGCGAAAAUAAAAAUAAAUCUUUUUUAUCAAAUUCACUGGAGAGAAAAUUAAUUUGCAUGAUCGAUGAUAACACUGACGAUGCCUGUAUUCAACAUAAUUCAGGUGGGUGAUAUAUGUAUGCACCAAUGUGUCGAUGUGCAUCACAAACUGGACAGCUUUGUAUAUUUGACGUUAAAAAAAUACAAAUACAUAUACAAGGAUAAUUGUUAUUCUUCCGCAAUCUUACCUUAUACAUUCGGAAGCAAUCAAACGAAUACGGAUAAAUUACCUUAAUUGGAUUGUCGAACUAGAUGAAGAUCACCUUAUAGCGUGGAUAGUUAACUCAAUAUAUUAAGCCUUAUUGAAACUUGUAAUAAUAAAUAAAAAGAUGACAAUUUUGUAGUGGAUGAAAUGAUAUACUAUUUUAUGGACUUGAACUUACUAUAAUGGAUCCACUAUAAAAGACCAUGGUGCAGUUUCAAGAAGAACAACUAUACUAUGGAAGUUUUUAUGCUCUAUGGCUUGCAAUAGGGACCAGCUAUUCCAACAAAGGCUUAAUUAUUUAUGAAAAUAUGGACGAACUCACUAAAAAGUUAGUAUCUAACUUUAGCUUUGGCACUUAUUUAUACUGAGACCGGAGAUUCCACUUUAUUAAAAGGACAAUUAAUUUAUUUCAGCUGUGGGAACAGAUCAAAUCAUUCCAAAUUUAUUAUCGACUAAUUCUAUGCCUUCGGAGACUAACACUAAUGAAAGUAAUUUUGGUAUAUUGGACGACUAAUUUAGUGCAAGCGUUUUUUUAACUGAGUCAACAGAUGUCCAUGGAAAGAUUAAAUCAUUGAAAUUAUUGUUAAAUUAUAUAAAAACGUUUAAUAAUUUUUUUAUUUCUUAAAAGAGUAAAAGUCAUUCGUUGCAGAGCUUUACGAACUAAGCCAAACAUGUUUGUUUUGCUAUAUCGCUAACUCAAGUAAGAAUUUUUAAAAAAUGUGGAAAUUAAUUAAGCUAUAAAGCUAAUCUUGUCCGCUACACCCUAUACCCUAAUGCGAUUUAAUAAAUUUUUUUUCUAAUAAAACUAUUACUAUUAUUAUUAUUAUUUAUUGCUUUCAAUUUAUUUUACUAUGUCAAAAUAUAAUUGGUUCUGCUCUCACCUUUUAAUUUUUGGCUACUGUAGCAAUAGCAACCCGAAAUACUACGGGAGUGGCGUAGCUUUUAAAACGCUGCUAUUAAUAAAAUCGUCUUAAUUAAUUUUGGAUAUUUUGGGAAGCAAGUGGUGUUUUAAUUAAUUUAAAUUUUUUUGGAAAAGUAGGCGUAGGCAUGCGCUGAUCCGACUGAGCAAGAAAAUUCUACAUACACACUAAACAGACAAAAACGGCUAGAUUCUAGACUAGGCUAGUGAUGCCGAUUAAGGUAUACAUAUACUUACAUAUAUAUCCAAAUGAAUAUCUAUGUAUGUCUACGUUUUUAUACUUAUAAUUAUAAUAGAAUAGAUAAUCAAGACAAAGCGUCAUAUAUUUAUAAUAAAAUUCAUUGAAUUGAAAUUGAAUCAAAAGUACAAUGAAGAACUCUUAAGCGAAAGUUGCGAUGUAAGCUGCCAUUACUGGCAGCGCAGGCUCAGUUUACACUUUCGACUUCUACAUAAAUACGCAAUUUUAUUUGCAGGCCUCGUAGUUGAUAAAGAGAAGCCGCAUCGAAAACUAUAAUGGCCUGCUUUGAAGUUUUGAUCUUUGCUCUGUCAGUUGGUGCGUCUGUCAUGCGUUUUUCUGCUUCAAAGUUGGUGGAAUUUGAGCGCAUUAACAGCGAUUUUACUAGCACGCCCUUGGGCUGUCAUCGUCGCCUAUAUACUUAUAAAGUGACACAGUCCGAUCUGCUUGGACAUGAGUGUUGGGACUAUGUGAGCGUGUGGUCAUGUUGGGGACGGUGCGACUCUAGCGAGAUUUCCGAUUGGAAAUUCCCUUAUAAACGUUCGUUCCAUCCAGUUUGUGUCCACGCCAAGCGGCACUCAGUGACAGCCAUCCUAAAAAAUUGUCACCCUAAUACAGAGGAAAGCGUUAGAAAAUACCAAUAUACGGAAGCUGUGAAUUGUAACUGCCAAAGGUGCUCCACACAGGAUACUAGCUGCGAAGCUCCGGCAAAUAACAUUGUUGACGGGGGAUCCAAGGCAAUCGUGGUUGGAACAGAUACAGAAAAUUUGGACUAUUAGAGCGAAAGCAAAAAUGGGUUCUAAAUGAAUUGUGUAAGGCAAUGUGUGGCUUUAUCUUCAAUGGAAUAAAUUUUACGAAUAACUAAAUAAAUAAAUGUAUAUAAAACGAA